CUUGGAGUGGGAGACAGGCUGACGUCAUCUCGCUGUGGCCAGCGGGUGUUCGUGCUGACUGUGCAGCGUGGCUGAGGAUCCCGCAGCGAUGCCUAUGUACAAAGUGCAGCCGUUCGGCGGCGGGGAGGUGCAGAUCGACCUACCUACCUGUAUGUACCGAUUGCCCAACGUGCACCAGGUCCCCUCCCAGCAUCAGGAUGGACAGGAGUCUGACCCAGCUCUACAGGUUCUGGAAUCCCGUCAGGAAGACAUAUUAAAGCGGUUGUAUGAACUGAAAGCUGCGGUCGAUGGGCUUUCAAAGAUGAUCCAAACACCCGAUGCUGACUUGGACGUGACCGACAUCAUUCAGGCUGAUGAAAGGGCAGCCCCAGCCUCCAAUGUUGCUGACCUGGACUUUAUUCUUGGAAAGGACUACGGAGCACUGAGGGACAUUGUUAUCAAUGCAAAUCCAUCUGUGCCCCCUCUCUCCCUGCUGAUUCUUCAUAGUAUGCUGUGUGAGCGGUAUAGGGUGCUGUCAACAGUCCACACGCACUCCUCGGUCUCUAACAUACCAGAGCCCUUACUGAAAUGCUUUGGAGAUCAGGUCCAUAAGAAAUCUCGACAGGAGUACCAGCUUGGCUUUACACUUAUCUGGAAAGAUGUGCCCAAACCACAGAUGAAAUUCAGCAUCCAGAAUAUGUGUCCAAUCGAAGGUGAAGGGAACAUCGCUCGAUUCCUAUUCUCUCUCUUCGGGCACUCCUUUAACGCAGUCACUGCAACAUUGAUAGACAGCUGGGUCGAUACUGCAAUUUUUCAGCUCAGGGAAGGAAGCAGCAAAGAGAAGGCUGCCGUUCUGAGAGCCCUGAGCACAGCCCUGGGCAAGUCUCCCUGGCUGGUAGGCAACGAACUGACCAUAGCCGAUAUCAUUAGUUGGUGCGCCAUUCAGCAAUCUGGCAACUCCACUGCUAUCCCACCCAAUGUCCAGAAGUGGAUGAAGUCUUGUGAAAAUCUUACAUCCUUCAAGGCGGCUCUUAAACUCCUUAAGUAACCAAAUUAAAGUGGUGACCACUGCAGGUUCCUAAUUUAACAAUAAAAUGCCUGUCUAGACCUUUUUACCAAGUGGAUUGCAUGUAGACCCUUGCAGUUAUUUGUGUAUUGCAUUCAGAAUGAAGUCAACCAACUUCACAAGGUGCCUUUAUAAAAAACCCAAACUGUUUAUAUUGGCAUAUACUAUAAAAAAAAAAGUAAAUAUUUUACCCAUUCUGGAUUUUUUCUUUCCAUUUAGUUCUGCAAGGCUUUUUCCCUUCAUUAUGUGAGAAAUGUAAAGUACGUUGCCAGUUGUCCUGACCUUAUUCAAAUGCAGAAGCUUGAUAUGUUAUGAAUAGGGACAUAGAAUAUGUAAUAUUCUACAAAGACAAUAAUAUAAGGAAGAGAUGUGUGUUGGCAGUACAAUAUCAUGCUGCCUUGUCAAUAAAACUAAAAAUCCA